AUGAUCAGAUUGAAUCCACACAGUAGCUUGAUCCAUGGAGUAGCCGAAAUUUUUAGGAAGUAUGUACUGAACAGGACUUACUUAUGCUUUCUAAUGUUUCCAAUAAUUUUCAUGGCAACCUUUGCAAACAUCCUGUAUGAUUACAUACCCUCGGCCAUAAUUCCUAAAAUAGCAGAGCACAUAAAAGCAAAUGAUCUUGAUCUCCACAUGAAUUUAGUCUACGGGUUUUUCUUUUACGGGGUUCUUGCUACGAUUUUUGAAUAUUUCCCUAUAUUUGUGAUGGCUUUGAUAAUACAGGACAUAUACAGAGAUUGCUACAGAGAUGUUUUUAUAGAAUGCAUGUCAUUGGAAUACAAUACAUUCCAUAGCAUUUCGCCUGGAGACAUGGAGAGCAGAAUAUAUAGAAAAUGUAAGGCUGUUGGAGAAGCCAUAGAUGUUGUGAUUCCCACACUCAUGAAUUCUGCUAUAUUUGUUCUGGUUGCCAUGAUUGAUAUAUAUAGGAGCUUCGGUGCAUUGGUGUCUUUAAUCUUUCUUGUGAUACCUGUAUCUUACAUCUCGGUAACUAUCUUUCUGACAUCAAAGAGGAACCGCAUUAGAGGGAAGUACAAUGCUGCAAAGGACAAGUCUACAAAGAAGCUUGGCGAUAUUUUGAAUAAUUACGAAGUUGUAAAGUCUUUUGGUCUUGAAGAAAGAGAGUCCGAAAAGUUCUGUGCUUCUCUGAUCGAUAGGGUAUCAACAGGGACGCAAUACAGUUGUUCAGAAAAUAUCAUUACAUUCCUGCAAAAGCUCUCUUCGGUAAUUCCCCACAUCGGAAUUCUGUAUCUUUCACUCAAUACCAAUAUUUUGACAUUUGACAAAGCUAUCAAACUCAACAGUCUUCAUUUUAUCCUUAAAGAAAGGCUGACAGAGUUUUCCAAAGAGUUUACAGAGCUCUACGAGUACUACUAUGAUUACUCAACAACCACCUAUGAAAGAGAAGAGGAUGAAAGGAAUCAAAUUGACAUAAAGGAAUUCAGCAAAGACAUAGAGGUUAGAGAUAUGGGAAUCAAAAGAGGCAAUAACACUAUCCUGAGCGGAAUCAACUUCACGUUGCAUAAAGGGGAAAAGCUGGCUAUUGCCGGGCCAAACGGUGCUGGAAAGUCCACUUUUAUCAAUUCACUUCUGAGGUUCCUCAACUAUUCCGGUGAAAUCCUUAUUGAUGGGAUCGAGAUGCGCAAGUACACAAGAAAAUCUACAAGGCACAUAAUGGCAUAUGUGCCCCAGGACAACUGUAUUCUUGACGACACAGUUCUCAAGAACCUCCAAUAUGGAAACAAGGACAUAUCUUUUGAAAAGAUCAAAGAGAUUUGCAAGAGAUAUGGAACCCAUGAGGUGUUUAGCAACCUUGAAGGGGGGUAUUUAAAAGAGGCGGGGCAGCAAGGAUGCGAGCUGAGUGUUGGCCAAAAGCAAUACCUAAGUUUAAUGAGAGCCAUAAUCAAGGACUCUCCUAUUUUCAUCUUAGAUGAAGCAACCUCCGAUGUUGAUUAUAAAACAGAGAUGGAGCUCAUCAAUUAUGUCAUGUCAGUUCUCUCUGACAGAACAAUAAUAAUGAUAGUCCAUAACCACUCUUUACUCAGCAAGUUUGACAACAUCCUCUUCUUAAAAGAUAAAACAAUGAAGGGAUACGGAAAUGUCAAGGAGCUACUCAAGUCGUCUGAAGACUUUAUCGAUUUCUACCUUGGAGAAGAUCCCGCCUCCGAUACUGGAAUUCAACCCUAA